AUGAAGCUCAAAGCCACCCUACGCGCCCGCAUGCCAGGGAUCCACUGGAGUCCACACGACCUCGCAUCUUCAGAACCCUCGUCAUCAACUUCAAAACCCAAAUCGCGAAUGCCUUUUUCACUAAAGUCAUCCGCUCCCGAUCCCGCAACUACUCCCCGCCCCCGCAAAUCCAGGCUGGGUUCGACAGCGACCUUCGAACCCAACGUCGAACUCGAUGCGCGCACACUGGCACAGGCUCGAUCGCUAUUCUUCACCCGUCUACCAAUUGAACUACGGAGAAUGGUGUACGAGUUCGUCAUGGGCGAGGAAGUAGUGCACCUGACACUGAGCCAGAAGCGACGAUUCGGCCAUUGCAUCUGCCAAUGCGAAAUCGACAUACCUCGCAGAGACAAGCAGCAAUGUACCUGUCGCGUCCUCGUCGGGGGCAAAAAAGGCGCAAGGUUAGAUAGCGGCGCUGCAGCCCUGGUUCGAACCUGUAGACGCAUGUACUCAGAGUCAAUCCCGCAUCUCUACCGCGUGCACACGUUUUCCCUCCUCCACAUCACACACCUGCUCUACCUCCCUUCGUCCGUCCCCCAACUCCGACUCAAUACGAUUCGCACUCUGCAUCUCCGCUGGGCCAUCCGCGCGCUGCCGUACCUCCGGCGCGGUCCUUCGAGUCGCGUGGCGUAUCGCGAGGACACUGCGAAUUGGGAGAGGGGGUGGGAGAUUAUAGCGGGCAUGCAGGGGCUGAGGGAACUGUAUGUUGUGCUAGUUGAUCCCAGUCCGCAGGGGCUGUGGGAGAGGAAUUGGUUGCAGCUUGAGGAUGUGCUGCUAGAGAGUGUGAGGGGCGUUACGCGGCCCAGGGAUGCCGUGUUGGUGAUGCCGUAUCAGAGUUGUGGGGUGGAUUGGGAUAUGGGGGAUGGGUGUGUGAGGUUGGUGAGACCGGAGGAUGGGGGUGUGGAGGAGGACGAGUGA